GGCCACUGUCAGAAUGAAAAGUCGAAUUCUUUUUGGUGACAUCAGUAAAAUUUCGGCGUUUCUGAUUCUAAACGAGAACGAUUAUUGACGAAACUUAUACAAUAAUUUUAAGCAUGUUAACGAUGAUAUCUAUCAAAUAAUUGUGACAUUUUUGUCAUCAUUACCAUCUGUGUCCAUCGCUUUGAAUUUGUCUGAUAACGUUAUUAAAUUUUGGUUUCCUCCCAAACGGACAUUGAAAAAAGUUACUAUUUAACAUGGAUGACAACAAUUGGAAUAUAACUAGAUGCACAGCAAGUAGAGUGAAAAGAAGCGAUUCCUCUAGAAAUACAUCGGUUCGGACUCGACAUCCCAGAUUAAAUUCUUUAAAUAUGACUAGAAGUCCAACAUACAUCGACGAAGUUACUUUAAAUGCGAUGAUAACUACGGGAAUGAUGGAGGCACUAGGACCAUUACAUUUCACACAGUUUAGAGUUCCAAAUAGACAGCUAGUGAGUGAAACCAAUUCAGCAGACGCGAUUGAAGUGGAUUAUAGAGUAGGAUGGAUGCCAAAAAAUAUGAAGUUGUCGAGUGAUAAGAAAGAGAUAAACGAAGAAGGAACUAAAUUUAAAUGUAUUGAUAAAGAUCUACUGGCUGAAUUUUUACGCGACGAACAACCCCCGAAAAAAGAUCCGAGAUUUUUGUUACCGAAAUUAAUAAUGGCCGAAGGGGAAUCACCAAAAGAUAAAAAUAUCGCCGAUCAAAGACAAGAAUCGAUCAUGCAAUGGUUCGAUCGGACCGUGGAGAGCGAAUUGAAACGUCGAAAAGAUAUAUCGUCAAACGAAAAUAUACCGUCAGGUUUGACGGAUACGAUUAUGCCGGCUAAGGAAUUAAAUUUUCAAAAAUCGGUUGUGGAAAAAAUGGCGGAAGCGUCUGCUAGUCGUAUAGAAACGAUAUCGCAGAUGUCGAUGAUACCGGAUACGGAAUUGCAAGACGUUGUCGAUAAAUAUGCUAAAGCGGAGGCUAUGUGUACAUUUGCAGGAGCCGUAAAGGCAGCCGAAGCGGCUGCAGAGGCCGCUCCCCCCGAACUUGCCGAAGAAGCAGCAUUGGCCAGUGCCAGAAUAUAUCAAAGUGAAAUGAAUGGAAAUGAGAUUAGUGAGCAAAUCCAAGGUAUUAGACCGAUGCAAGUGAUCGGGUAUAUCGGUGUAACCAAACCGAAAUAUCCAGUUAGGCCCGAAAAAAAAUAACACUCAUCGUAUUCUCUAUAGUUUUUUUUUUUUCUAAAUAUUACAAUAAAUAUUUAUUAAUUUGA